AUAAAUAUGGAGGGCUUCCCAAUACAAUGGACAACUUGUAGUUAGAUCAAAUAACAAGUUGAUUGAGAUGAAAUUUGUAUUGGGUUUAACAUUUGCAGCCGUUGUUGCUGCCCACGCUGGUCAUGACCAUGGGGCUUCUGAGUCAGCCGCACCUAGUGACGCCAUGGGAGAUAUGAACGGCCUGUCCAUGGAACAUGCUACCAUGAGCCAUGCCGUAUCCGGUUCUGAUUCAGCUGCCAGUGCUACCUCUACAGCUGGCUCCACUAGUUCAACUAGCUCCAAGUCAUCUAGUUCCACAGAAGCAUCAUCCUCUGCUGCCUCCUCUUCAUCCUCAAGCAAGGCUGCUGCAUUUGCACCUGGCGCAACCAAUCCAAUUGGUGCUGUUUUGGGAGCUCUUGCAAUUGCCUUGCUCUGAUUCUUUUUUGAAAAGGGCAAAUAUAAUUAGAUUAAAUAAAAGUUUUAUAGUAACAGCGCUUAUUCCUUAGA